AUGCGAGCAACCUGGCUCGAAGCUGCCAAACCUGGGGAGAAGGACUACAGCCAUCCCCGCUUCCUUUCGGUCCUACUGCCGUCGGAAACGGAGGUAUCUCCAAACAAUCCUCUCCAAGAAUGGGAACUCGUUCCAACCGGCGAUCCCGCCAUUUGGGCUCUACCACAAAUCGCAGUCGACGACACUCUUGGUCUCACCGUUGUUGGAAACUGUCUUGGAGAGCUUGGCGUCUAUGAUUUUGGCCGCGGGAAUGUCUUCCCGAGCAACAUCUUCAAGCAGGUGGCCGAUCCAGACGUCCCGCUCCUUGGACAAAUUCUGUCAAAGGCCCCACUCGAAUUAACUCCCAUUAAAGGGCCCGAAGCCACGAUGUCAGGGGAAGAAUUCCGCAAUGCGAUUAGCCAUUGGUCUCAAGACAGAAUCGUUGAUUGGCAUUGGACCAACGAGUGGUACGAGGACCGCAACUGGGUAAAUCCGCAUCAGUGGUGUGGACACCCAGGCGACCUUGCCUGGAUGAUGGAGCACAGCUACGGCUUUCCGGGCGAAGUACUUCCGCAGGCUUACACACCACGCGAUGAGGCAUAUACGCCGUGCACUCUGUUCCGGAUAGGCGACCGCUACUUGGCUGAAGACAGCGACGGAUUCAUUGUCUCUUGGUCGAACGCUGUUGACCAUGGUUUCCAUGUGCCUGCCGCCCAAGUCGAGCUGCCUCUGUGCCCGACCGCGAGGACCGAUGAUGAGGUGUUUACCAAAUCGUUUGUGGUGGAGCGGGAGGACCGUAAGCGCAACCGAUGGAUUGAACAGCAGGAGAGAGGGGGUUGCUCGAGCUGGGGGUUCUAUUAA